CCAGGACAGACGGCAAAGCUCAAACUCAAAACUCCAUAAUGAACACACAACACAAAAAAUGUUAUUAGGACCACCACCAUGUUUUAUUGGCAUAAACUACACUCCCGAGCUGCCACGUCGUCAACGCAAUUCUCUAUCAUUCCUCGCCUCUUCUUCUUCCUUCUUUUCCGCUGCUUCUAUUACUAUUCCAGUUAGAUCCCAGUCAACCUCGUCUCCACUCCGUUGCUCUCCUCUUCACCCGCUCUCUCCCUCCCGUUCUGAAAUGGAUACCACUGCUGGCCUAAGUUUGUUCCCAAUGCACCGCUGCAAAACUCUUCACCUGGUGAGGCAUGCUCAGGGGAUCCACAAUGUAGAGGGAGAUAAGAACUAUAAAGCAUACAUGUCUCCAGAAUAUUUUGAUGCACACAUUACUCCUCUUGGCUGGCAACAGGUUGAUAAUUUGCGUAAGCAUGUCCAUGAAUGUGGCCUAGCUAAGAGGAUUGAUUUAGUCAUUACAUCCCCUUUGCUAAGGACAUUGCAAACAACUGUUGGGGUAUUUGGUGGUGAAGGUUAUACAGAUAGGAUGGAUAUCGUACCACUUAUGGUGGCAAAUGCAGGAAACAGUGGCCAUGCUGCAAUUUCAAGUCUAAACUGCCCACCAAUCAUUGCGGUAGAACUUUGUCGAGAACAUUUGGGAGUCCAUCCUUGUGAUAAGAGGAGAAAUAUCAGUGAUUAUCAGUUUCUUUUUCCUGCAAUUGAUUUCUCACUGAUAGAAAGUGAUGAGGACACGUGGUGGAAGGCUGACGUUAGGGAGACAAAAGAGGAAGUCGCGGCCAGGGGGCUGAAGUUCCUGAACUGGUUGUGGACACGGAAAGAGAAGGAGAUAGCGAUUGUUACCCAUAGUGGGUUUUUGUUUCAUACAUUAAGUGCAUUUGGAAAUGAUUGUCACCCAUUGGUGAAAAAAGAGAUAUGCCAGCACUUUGCAAAUUGUGAGCUUCGCUCCUUGGUCAUUGUUGACAGAAGUAUGAUGGGAUUAGAUCCCUCGGCAACCAAUUAUCCAGGAAAGAUUCCAUCGGGACUGGAUCUCCCAAGUGAUGUUGUGGAUGAGAAGGCUUAGAAAAAAAGAGGACCUGAUACAAAUUCCUUUGUCUGAGCAUUAUGUUUAAUGCUUGUGAUUAAGUAAUCGCAUUGUUGGAAACUCCAUAACCAGAUAUGGUUUCUGUUAUUAUACUUUAAAGAUUCUCUUCAGGUAUGGUGAUUUCAGCAUGUGGGUGAGGAAAUUCAAUGGUGGCAAUUGAGAUGCACUAGACUUUAAACGAUAUUCCUACUGUUUGGCGAAGAGGUUAACAGGCCUCAGAUCUCAACCAUCUACAUGUUUUACCAGACUUUUCAAUGUAGACAUUCCCAUCAGUUUUACCUUCUAUCUGUUACUGAUCAA